CUAUGGGUUUGUCUGGCUGUUGCUGGGCCUGACCUGCAGAUGGGCUUCCUGGUUUGAUCUUGGACCUGCCUCAUCACUGUGAGCCUGCCUGGUGGUCAGGACUCUAGGCUGACCCUUGCUGUGGGGCUGGGGCCUGGCUGGUGAGGCUCCUGUCCACCCAGCCAUGUUACUGCCAUAUUUCCAUGCUCUCCCAUCCCAAGAGAGCUGAUGACAAUCCGCAUCUGGACAAUCCUUGGGUAGAACUUCAUCUCCAUCUGGAUGGAGCCAUUAGACCAGAAACCAUCUUAUACUUUGGCAAGAAAAGGGGCAUUCCUCUCCCCGGCAGCACCGUGGAGGAGCUCUUGGAGCAUGUCAGCUAUAAAACGCCCCUGACGUUUUCCAAGUUCUUGGAGAAGUUCAACAUCUACAUGCCGGCUAUUGCGGGUGACCGCGAGGCGGUGAGAAGGAUCGCCUAUGAGCUGGUGGAAACCAAGGYGAAGGAGGGCAUGGCCUACGUGGAGGUGAGGUACAGCCCCCACCUCCUGGCCAACUGCAAGGUGGAGCCGAUUCCCUGGGGCCAGGCGGAGGGAGACCUGACUCCAGAUGAAGUUGUUAGCCUCGUUAACCAGGGACUGCAGGACGGAGAAAGGGAUUUCCACAUCAAAGCCAGGUCUAUUCUAUGCUGCAUGCGCCAUAUGCCAAGCUGGUCCCCGGAGGUGGUGGAGCUCUGUAAGAAGUAUCGAAACAACUCUGUGGUAGCCAUAGACCUGGCAGGGGAUGAGUGCGUGAAGGUGGACUCUUYGGAGCAUAGGAAGGCUUAUGAGGAAGCUGAAAGAUGCGGCAUUCAUCGAACUGUCCAUGCUGGGGAGGCUGGACCGCCUGCUAUGAUCAAGGAGGCAGUCURCCUCCUGAAGGCUGAGCGCAUUGGCCAUGGCUACCAUGUCCUGGAAGACCCUGAGCUUUACAAGGAGCUGUUGAAAAGAAAGAUGCAUUUUGAGGUCUGCCCUUGGUCCAGUUACCUUACUGGAGCAUGUCUUCCAGACUUCAGGAAACACCCACUAACACAAUUUAAGAAGGAUCAAGCUAACUAUUCCAUAAACACUGACGACCCCCUCAUCUUCAACUCCACUAUUGACAAGGAUUACAACAUAUUAAAGGAGUACAUGGGCUUUACUGAAGAGGAGUUCAGGAGAGUGAACAUCAAUGCAGCUCGAUCCAGCUUCUUACCUGAGCAAGAAAAGCAGGAACUUCUCAAUACCCUCUAUGAAGCCUAUGGGAUGGUGCCCAGUGCAUCUUGAUGCAGCUCUGCCAGGCAGCACAGAGCAAAGACCCUUCUGGUUGACUCAUCUCUGUGCCGGUGGGAGCAGCAGGAGAAGGUCCCCAGAGUUGGUCUCUAUUAUUGCUACCCCCUAUAUUAACUUUUGUAGCAGAAUUGGGCUACUAUGAUCUAUCCCACCUAUCACUCCCUACAUACCAUCUCCCAAAUGGAUAUCCAGUUGCCCAUAUUGCUGUUGUGCAAGCAGACUAAACUGCUUCCUGGCCYGACUUCCCUUCAAAUGCCAAUUUAUCUGUAGAGUAAGUGAGAAGAGAGGAACAUUCUCUGCUUUUUUUUUCUUAUUUUUACCCCCCUCUGCUUUAACUUAAUGACCCACUAACCUGCCUUAGCCUUUGUGACUGUGGCCAGGAUUAACCUUUGCUUUUCUGGGGAAAAGGUGACUUAAUCCUGAAAAGCAGUAAGCAGGAACUCAGAAAAAGAGGUUUAAUCCCAGCCAUGCAGAUAGGAAAGUUUGACCACCACUGUAUUUACCUAUGCUUAGUCUUGUACUAACAAGAUUGGAUUGAGAACAAGCUAGAAGCUGCCACACUUAUACACAGGUCUGAAGGGCAUUUAAAAAUACCUUUUUUUGGCAUUCUUGAAUACAGAACUCUGUGUAUCAGGCCUUACAAUGUCACUGCCACAAAAGCACAAACCUUGGGCUCAGGGCUGGAGGUGGGCUAACAGCAGCCCAUGCAUGUGCUCAGCCAUGCAUACUUUGACAUACUUUAUUUUGGGUCAAAAYCUGCAUUCUGAGAAGUGCUCAGUUCUGUCCUCAGCCUGGAGAAUUCCUGAGAGCUGCUUUCUGCUGUUUUGUGCAUCUUUGUUUAGGACUUAUUGUGACUGAUGCCUCUUUAGCCAUGCUGCCCUCUUCCAURCUUGAGGUCAUCUUUAGGAACCACUGAAACUAAAUGAGUAAAUUAAUGAGCUGGGGCCCAAUAUCAAAUACUGACUCAGAUCUCAUCUCACUUGCUUCUCUCGCAUAACCACAGUGCUGGCUAGAAGUCAAAUCUUCAUUUUGGUGGAGAAUUCAUCAGGAAACCCUCACCAAAAUUCCUAAGUGCUUUUGGUGCAUUAUAUUUGGUGUUCUCRCUUAAUAUGCAAUAGAGCCAUGCCUCCAGAGAAAGCUGCAAUUUUUCCACUAUCAAAGACCUCCCCAAUGUGUUUGAGGAGGGGAUGUAUGAGUGUGGUGUGCUUUAAUAUCCCAGGUGCUGCAAAGAUGUGUACUCCAAAGACACUAUACCAAAAGUUGCCUUUGACAAAGGGCUGUGGUCAGCAGUACUGCAGAGAGUGGCCAAGAUGGACUGCGCCAGUC